CGACAGUAGAGAUUGGCGCGGGUGAAGCCGAUGGACAGUCUAAUAUCUAUGGAUAGCUUCUUCAGCCACAUCUCCGCGCAAACCAUUCAACCCUCUCUCCCCACCAUCAACUUUCCCUUUCUCCAGAUCGCGAUACCUAACAUGGAAGCGGAUAUAAGCCCAACCCCCGAGACUCUCUUCCGACCUGUUAAGAGGAGAAAGUUUCUGCGACGGCGGGUUGACGAACCUGAAGACGCUCAGGACGAUGUUCAGACCAGCAGAGAGGAUGACAACAACCGCCACCGUUCCGUUUCUCGCUCAUCACGGGAAACAGACGCUGUGACCGAACCGACCACAUCUGUUACCCGCCUCAGGCGAUCAUAUAAAUCUCGAAGAGUCGGUGUCGAGUUCUCCACUAGCUCACGAUCUGCUGCCAGUUAUGCACAGCCUACCGCUGAGGCAACAACAAACGAUGGCGAAGAUUUAAAGAUACGAGCCAUGUGUGACCGAUUUACCGUUCACACAGGGCAGAAAGUGGACGUAGAUAAACAUAUGAUGGACUAUAUAGAAUCCGAGCUGGCUAGGCGUUCCCAGAGGGAUCUUCCUUUGGAUGUACCUGGUGCAGAUGCACAUCCUGCGAGUGAAGCCACUGGCGGAGCAUCUACCCCAACCUUUGUGCAGCGGGAACCAGCGACUCUGGGCAAGUUGCACGAAAUAGACCUUGGACAGGAGACUAAACUGCAGAAUAUUGCGAGGACUGAAGCUGCGACGAGGAGACUUGCGGGUGAUGAGACCUUUGUUGCGGAAGACACUCAGAACACCCGUUCAGGGCAAGACGGGAAGACCUGGCGCAAUCGAAAAGCACGAAACAGCGAGGAUAUUGAACGAGAUAGGCUCGUGGAAGAAGUCUUACGAGAAAGCAAAUUGGAUGUAUACGACGAAGCACAAGAGGAACAGCAGGAUGACCAGGCUGCCGAUGACCGAAUCGCAGAACAGUUCCGGAGAGAAUUCAUGGAUGCAAUCCAGUCUCGGCGUCGCUUUGCGCGGCCGCGCAACACCAAGACAACAAAGUCAGAUGUUCCUCGCGGUCCAAAACUUGGAGGUAGUCGGAGUGCUAGAGCUGCGAUGCGUGAGAGGCAGGAGAAGACAGCGCAGAAAUGAAGUGACUAUUACUGUAUGUGGAUGUAUACUUUCCCUAAUGAACAUUUGUACUUAGCAGUGAACGACGAUGCUGGGUUCUCUUUCGGACAGCAUCUUACGGUAUGAAUCUACAAAAUCUCGAAGCUCCUGGAUGGAAAGGCAGAUGUACAGUCCAAUCUCAUGCAGAAAGUAGAAGCCAUGGUGACAGGGCUAUAUGAAGGAAUUAUUACCGUUCUCUGGACGGACGCGUAUGCAUACACGUAGAGGAGCGCAUCCAGGAUCUUCAUAAAAUAUCUCGAUUCCCG